AUGUAUCCCUAUAGAUAUUUUCUUGUUUUUUUGGCUAUCCCUUUAUGCUUUUCGGGUCGUUUAGUUCAAUGUAGGCCUUCCGAGCACUUAGAAAAAUCGUCAAAUUAUCGUGUAAAUUCCUCUAUACCGACAUCACCUUCUCCCUCUUCGAAGAACUAUAAUCCUCCCCAGAUUUCAUCAUCGGUUUUUAACGUCUUGUCUUAUGGUGCGUUGGGUGACGGUUCAAGUGAUGAUACACAGGCAUUUAAAACAGCUUGGGACUUGGCUUGUGAAGCUAAUGUCCCUGCCGUUGUUCUCGUGCCCGCCCAUUAUACUUUCUUGAUCCAGUCCACAGUUUUCACUGGCCCGUGUGAAAAUGUAUUAGUUUUUCAGGCUAUAAGAUUCUAUGGGAGCUCCAAUUUGACAGUACAAGGGGUAAAGAUUAAAAACAGCCCACAUUUCCAUUUCAGGUUCGACUACUGUGACAAUGUCCGUAUCGACUCUUUGUAUAUAAAUUCACCAGCUACAAGCCCCAACACCGAUGGGAUUCACGUAGAAAACUGUAAUGAUGUGAAGAUAUAUAACUCAAUCAUUGCCAACGGUGAUGACUGUGUGUCCAUUGGAACAGGUUCCUACAAUGUAGAUAUAAGGAACAUAACUUGUGGUCCUAGCCAUGGAAUAAGCAUCGGCAGCCUAGGCACGAAGAACACGAGAGCGUGUGUGUCCAACAUCACAGUCUCGGACUCAGUUAUCAUCCUAUCGGACAACGGAGUCCGCAUAAAGACAUGGCAAGGCGGGUUCGGGUCCGUCUCCCGAGUGGCCUUCGCCAACAUCCGAAUGGAUAGGGUACGAAACCCCAUAAUCAUCGACCAAUACUACUGCGAGAACUCCAAAGGCAAAUGCCCCAACCAGAGUUCAGCCGUGUACAUAAGCGGAGUCUCGUACACGAGCAUCAAGGGCACGUACGACCCACGGGACCCACCCGUGAGCUUCGCGUGCAGUGACACUGUGCCGUGCACGAACCUCACGCUCCGCGCAAUCCAGCUGUCCCCAGCUGCUGGGAAGGUUAACCGGUUGAGAGCUCCGUUCUGCUGGAAAGCGUACGGAGAUGACGAGAAACACCACUGCUUGGCCGACGGGUUGCCGAAGUUGUUGCCGGUGAGAGAUGCCGACAAAUGCUGAUUGUAUAUAUGUGUAUGUCAGAUCAGAUC